AUCGUGAUAACGUUCGUUGUUUAAAUGAAAAAGAACCCAAUUCAGGAAAAAAUGUCAUAAAACCUUGGAACGAAAGAGAUGAUACCAGUAAAUAUGUAGAAAGUGAUGUCGAUGAACAACUAAUUUUAUUUAUUCCAUUUACUGGCAGCGUUAAAUUAAAGUCGAUUUCGAUCAAAUCAGGGUCGGGAAAUAGUUGUCCAUCAAUAUUAAAAGCUUAUAUCAAUCGAGAGGAUGUUGAUUUUGAUACAGUGGAAGGAUAUACGGCAACUCAAGAGUGGGAAUUAGUUCAAUCACCGGAUGUCGUAGAAUAUCCAACAAGGUAUUUUGCAAAAAACUUUGGAGAUGAAGUAACUAGAGUUUAUUAUAUUGGACUCAAAGGAGAAUGGACUGAGAUCAAGAAGGAUCAUAUUGUAACUCUUUAUGAGGCUACUCCUAAUCCUGCUGAUCACAAAAACCCUGCCGGUGAAAACAAAUCUCAUCAUGCUAUAGAUUAA